GUGUGUGACGUCAAUUGCUUCCGCAUGUUGUUGUUGCCUGUCGGUCGGGCCACAGUCUGAAAAUGCACCUGCGGAGGAUGAAGUUAAAACGUGCCUGGCUGCUGCUGCUCCUUGCCGUCUCAGCGUGGUCAGUGCCCAUCGAUCGUAAAGAGGUCCACCAGGAAGUCAAAGAUGGAGAACAAGAGGAGAGCAUGGACACUGGUCUGUACUACGACCGAUACCUGCGAGAGGUGAUCGAGGUCCUGGAGACCGACCCUCACUUCCGAGAGAAGCUGCAGACGGCCAACACGGAGGACAUCAAGAACGGGCGCCUGAGCAAAGAGCUGGACUUGGUCAGCCACAACGUCAGGACGCGUCUGGACGAGCUGAAGCGACAGGAGGUGUCGCGGCUCAGGAUGCUGCUCAAGGCCAAACUAGACAGCACCAACACGCAGAGCCUGCAGAUGGACCACGCCUCCUUGCUCAAGCAGUUUGAACAUCUGGACCCGCAAAACCAGAACGCCUUUGAGGCCAAAGACCUGGAGCUGCUCAUCUCCACGGCCACCAAAGACUUGGAGAAUUACGAUGCCGAGCGACACGAGGAGUUCAAGCGCUACGAGAUGCUGAAGGAGCACGAGAGGCGUGAGUACCUGAAGGGUUUGGACCAAGAGAAGCGGGAGAAGGAGGAGCAGCGCAUGCAGGAGCUCAAGGACAAACAUCGACAACACCCUAAAGUCAACGCUCCCGGCAGCGUGGCUCAGCUGAGGGAAGUCUGGGAGGAGACAGAUAGACUGGACCCCAAAGAGUUCAACCCCAAGACCUUCUUCAAGCUGCACGACACCAAUGAGGACGGUGUACUGGAUGAGCAGGAGUUGGAGGCGCUUUUCACCAAAGAGCUGGAGAAAGUGUAUGACCCCAAGAACGAGGAGGACGACAUGAUGGAGAUGGGGGAGGAGAGGCUGAGGAUGAGGGAGCACGUCAUGAAGAGCGUGGACGCCAAUAAAGAUCGACUCGUCAGCCUGGACGAGUUCAUCAAGUCCACCGAGAAGAAGGAAUUUAACACCGCCAAAGAAUGGGAGACUCUGGACGCGAAGCCGGCGUACACUGAGGACGAGCUGCAGCGCUUCGAGGCAGAGCUCCGUGACAAAGAAGAGGAGCUGAAGAGGAGGGCGGACACGCUACAUCAGGAGCAGGAGCUGCUUAAGGAGCGAGGAAAAGCCCUGGAGGCCCAGAGGAGGGAGUACCAACAGGCCGUGCUGGAGAUGUCACAGAGGCAGAAGGGGCAGCCGGCAGCAGGCGACGGACAGCCGCCGGCCGGACCUCACGGAGAACUUCAGUUCCAGCCUCCGAAACAUGAAGACAAAGCAGGAAAAGUUGCCGUCGUGGAAAACGCCCAGGACGCCCAAGUGCGGAAUAAUCUGCCCGCCGAACCGCCGCAAAACCUGCCUGCUCACACUUGAAAAACAAACACACGUAUACAGUCCUUUGAUGUGCACUGAUCGACAAUAGGGGUUGUACAGACAAGUCAACUCUGCUACUUCACAAUGAUGUUUUUAGAGCGUGACGUCUACUGGUCGCUAAUCACAUUUUUGGCCUGAGGAGGCAGAGACUGGUCCUUGUGUGUGGGAGGAGCUUUACUACUGUAUUUUUUUUUUUUUUUUUUUUUGCCAAACUCAGGUUGCUGAAGGUCGCUCUGAAGUGUUGGGAUUCUUUUUUUUUUUUUUUUAAAUUGCUGUUUUUAAUUUAUUAUACUGAAGGAAGUUUCCACCUCAUGUUUGAAAUUCUUGGAAUGAUUUUUCACGUCAUAAAUGCAUUAUUGUCAAAUAAUUGAUGUAGGUCGUCAGUUCCGCCUUGUUCCCCCGCGCUAAUAUGAAGAGGUCUUUUUGUUAAUCUUGAAAUCAGGAGUAUGACAGCAUACAGGGUUUUAGUUGAGUUUUAGGGCAGACUCUAAUGUUUGUAACCACUUUAUUGUGAAAAAAAAAAUAGUUGAUUUGAGGUAAGAUUUUCAUUUCAAUUGUAGCGAUUGUUUCGGUCAGCAGAAAUAUUUUCCAAGUGAUUUGUGCUUCAAAUUGGUUAGCGCAGUAAAUUUUGAUAAAAUAUGAAUACCUAAAGGAUUCGUGUAUCCAAUGGGAAUAGGGAAAUCUGGGAUUUGAUCUGCAAGAUUCCACAAACUUACUUUUAUGAGAAACUCAAGGGGGAUUUUGAAAAGAGAAUUAUUCCACUGCACACGAAGAGGUCCGUGAUUAUAUUAACACGACGUGUAUGUCCCGUGUAAAUUCGGUCUAUGAGCUGUUCGUUGUAAGUGAAAAUCGAUUUUUUUGUUUGUUUGCUUUCUUGGUAAUAAUAAUGGGGGAAAAAUGACGUCAUCAGCGACUCGAUCACAUUAGUGUCGACUAAGUCGAAAGUCGUGCAACCCCUAAUACAGAACAUGAUUGAGACUGAAACGUUUGUUCUUUUGCUGUGGUGAGAUUAAAGAUGUUACAUUUUAUUGCUGUCAUUCAAAAUAAAUUAUUUAUGUCCAAAAUGCGCUGAA